AUGGGUGCCCGGCUCAAUCUCCCCAUGAAGGCCGCGAUGACAAACGCCGAGCGACUGAUAAGGACGGUAGCCUCGUUUUCAACGACAGCAGGACUGUUGGCUGGCGAUGGGUGCCCGGCUCAAUCUCCCCAUGAAGGCCGCGAUGACAAACGCCGAGCGACUGAUAAGGACCAUAGCCUCGUUUUCAACGACAGCAGGACUGUUGGCUGGCGAUGGGUGCCCCGUCCGAUGGAGGUGGGUCAUCGAGAAGGACCACGGAGACGACACUUCUACCCUUGCGGCUUGAGACUUGGGGCCAGCUUUCUUUUAAUCGGAGACAACAAUCUUGACAUGAAGCGAUCAAAGCCCCAACAACAUAUGAUUCGGAAGGUCGCCCCUUGGCCGCCAACCCCCAAAUCAACCGCCAUCGUCUGUCCUGCUCAUACACAUUGUGAUCGUUCAAAUCGGCGCUGGUCAGCAUUCAACAGUUGUUUAAGGGCCUCCUUCGCCCCGACAAACUUGGGGCGCUCUGACGAACUUCAGGCUGCCGGGAUGCUACUGCAUAUCUCCCAGCAGAUAGCUUCUCAGCAUGCUCGCACACUAGCACUGCAUCAUCAGCAGGACUCUACCUCCUGCGAGGACUCCACUCAUUCGCUUCCCCUUCGCGAUGAAGACCCGGCCGUUUGUGUCCAUCAGGACCUCCAAACCCGAGUUGCUCAACAUGUCUCCAUCCCCCCAGCACAAAGAAAGCACCCGCCAAUUGCUGCAAUGGCCCGCCAGCGAACCAUGUAG